GAGUACUCUUUCCUGAAAGCGUGAAAUGGAUGAGUUUGGAUUUUGAUCCUGCAUGUUCGACAGUUCAACCGGAAGACUCGCUUCAACUUUUCGUUCCUGCUAUGAAUUACAAAUCAGAAAAGAAAUCUGGUGGUUGCUCAGAAGACAACGACACCCCUCCGAUGCCUUACUGGCCUGUCCUGCAUAGAUUCAGUGGGAGUUUGACGUGGCCUACGAAUUCGAUCAUCUUGCCUGGUAACGAGGUGAUCUUUUCCUUGGAAACCGCUUCGGAUUACUUGAAAGAUGACCGGAUCAGCGCCUAUGGAUUCAAGUGUCUCGUUCUAGGUUAUGAGUGGCCACCUGAAGGGACCACGAGUUUGAAUAUUGAACUCAAACAUCUAGAAUCCGAGUUGUCUUUCUUGGGGGGCAUGUGCGCUGCGAGUCUUCUGAAAAAGGAUAUUCUUCUUCCCGUCAUUGGUGGUAAGGCUUGAGACAUCAGUUAUCCUAUAAAUAUUG